AGACAGACCGCAGGACCCUAUUUCCUACAGAUGCCUGUCGUACCUACCAGAGCCCCAGGAGACCCGCGCCACCCUCCUGCAUAGACAGGGAAACUGAGGUCAGGCUCCCGGGGUUCCAACUCUGGAUCCAGUGCUCUCCUCUGUCUGCCCCACUUGAGGGAUAACACUCAGAGGCCCCUAGAGGACACUCCUUCCUUCCCCCAAGGUGCUCCUGCCCCCCAAGUUUAGCGGGGGAUACCCCAGGAAACCUAUGCCUGCUUCUGUGCCCCCACGGUGCUGGCCUGGAGCCUCACUCCCGUUCUGGCUGCAGACCCCAUCCUGAACGUGAAACGACACGGUCACACGUGUCCCCCAAACACAGGCGAGACUCCCUGAGAGAGACACAGUCCGGCCCUGCCCCAGCGAGUCUGCGUUCGCAUCUGGAAUGGGACCCGCCAGUCAGGUGAAUUUCUACGAGGAUUUGGCUGAGAAGUGGGACCCCUGACCGUUACGUUUCGGCAGCUUGGGGAGCAACGUGGCCUUUGGCAGCUGGGAGGGAAACAGGUCUGGCCGUGAGGACAUUGGGGGCAGGGGUCUUAGGGUGGCUCCUGGAUACCCAAGCCUUUCCCCCGCCCCCACUCUCACCCCAGGUCCUCCCGGGAGGGAUGGCCAGCGAGGACCAGUCCUGAAAACGCAGAGGCAGGCCUGGGCACCCGUCAGGGUGGUGAGGAGUGAUGUUUACGGAAAAGGGGAAGCAAGCCCAUGGUGGCCGUCCCUUCCUGAGCCCGUAGCCAUCAGGGGGCAGGGCAGGGGUUUACAGGGUGCAGACCCGUUCAGCCUCCUGCUCAGAGGAGAGGACACAUCUCUGGAGUCAAGUCUCGGCCAGGGACAGCUGGCGGGGAAGGGAGGGUUGCCGCACUGUCUGCUGCCCGGCUCCGGGCUCCAGCGCUCUCAGGGCUCAGCUCCCUCUCGGGGCUGGUCUGGGCUCCCAUCCCAUCCCUGGCCGGGCUGCAGCCCUCCCCAGGCUGGCUCCUGGCUCCCCCUGUCCCAGGGCUCAGCCUCCAGGCUUUGGCUCAGGAGGGCGGCUGUCAGGGGCCAGAGCCCUGCCCUGACGGAUGAGUGCUGACGGCGCCUCUCCCCGCGCCCUCGGCCGCUGACACCCCGUCACGCCGCUGCGGGGACCCCGGGAGACCUGGCCGCCUCUGCGCACCCCCGCAGCAGCCCGCAGGCGACGGGGGGCGGGGACGGUGCCAGGAGCCCCUCAUUCGGCCGCACACCUGCGCCCGCACCGCCGGCUCCUCCACGCCGCUCCCCGUCCCUGCCGGUGUCACCGGCCACCGCUCGACCCAGGAGUGGCCGGCGCCGCGGAGCGAGGUGGCCAUGGGCCCGGGCCCCGCCCACUAGCAGGCCGCCGUCAUGUCCCGAGAGGCAGGCUCGUGCCGCCUGGGCCCCGGGGCGCGGGCGCGGGCCCGCAAGCCCAAGAAGCCGCACUACAUCCCGCGGCCCUGGGGCAAGCCCUACAACUACAAGUGCUUCCAGUGCCCCUUCACCUGCCUGGAGAAGUCGCACCUCUACAACCACAUGAAGUACAGCCUCUGCAAGGACUCGCUCUCGCUGCUGCUCGACUCCCCGGAAUGGGCGUGCCGUCGCCCCCCGGCCGCGCCCCGGCCCCGCGCGCCCACCCCCGACCGCCCCUCGGGCCCCACAGACACGGGCGGCCAGCCCCGAGGAGGAGGAGUGCGGCCCCCUGACACUCCCCCUGCGCCCGACCUGGCCUCCCCAGUCCUCUCCCUGCGCCGCCACGUCGGGGGCCCUAAGCUGGGGGCGGAGGGGUCCCCUGCGGCCCGGGAUGCUCCGAAGGGUGUGGGCCUCGGCGGGCUCCUGGCUGAGUCCUGGAAGCCAGGGCCGGGCGGGGCUCCCGGGGGCCUGGCCGUGGUGGACGCGGCUGCAGCGGGCCCUGAGAGCGGGGUCCCCUGCUACCCCCCACCUGCCCCCAGUGAGUUCCCCGAGGCCCAGAGCCUCCACGUGUCCCUGCUGGGUGUCAACUGCCCUCUCGGGCCGGGUCUCUUCUCCUACCUGGGACCCUCCUUGGCCGCAGCGGCCCACAUGCCCUUUCUGGCCUCGGCCAGCCCCCUGCUGCCGCCGGCUUCCACCUUCCCUUCCCCACAAGCCCCCGAGCGCCCUGCCCUGGUCCCCCGCCUAUACUACCCCCUGCUCCUGGAGCAUACCCUGGGGCUGCCAGCAGGCAAGGCUGCCCCUGCCAAGCCCCCAGCAGCCCCAAAGGGGCCCCCUGGGGCUCUGGCCCCGGGGCUGCUGAAAGUGCCGGUGCCUGGGCUGGGCAGGCCCUGGCCCCGAGGAGGAGCCCCUAGGGACUCAGGGCCGGAGGGGGAGCUGGAGCCGGCUGCCCAGAGCGACCCCAAGAGGAGGCUGCCCCUGGGAAGCAGUCUGGAGCCCCUGAGGGCCCCCUGUAGCGUGGUGAAGUUUGGUUCCCAGAGCAGCUUGCAGACUGGCCCCUCCGCGAUGCUCUGGCCUGAGGACAAGGAGCCCAGCAACCCUGAGCCCCCAGGCCCCGUGGCCCUCCUGCCCCAGCAGCCCCUGGACCUAGUGCCAGGUGGCCCCGGGCACGUGGGUGAGGACCUCACCCGGGCCCUGGGUGACUAUGCCAGGGUGGAGCAGCGCCUGGGGCAGUUGGCGCCUGCCGGGGGCCUGGCCCCUCGGCCUCUGUGGGAGCAGCUGGGCAAGAUUCGCCAGGAGCUGCUCACCAUCCACCAGGCCCUGGAGCGGGCUGUUCGGCCGCCGGACGCACCCCUCGACCUCUCUGUGAAACGGGUGCCCACCAAGGGGCUCAAGGGGCCUGUGGGGCCCUGGGGGCAGCGGGAGUUGGGCCCCACGCUCGCCCAGGGGGCCCCCGAGCCACCCAGCAUGCUGGGCCCUGCACCAGCUGAGCCUUUCUCUGGCCACACCACCAAGUGCGAGGCUGACUCCAGUGUCCCACCCCCGGGCCUCCCCCUUCAGGCCCCGGAGGACCCUGUCAUUCCUGGUAGCAGUUGGGGUGCCCGAGGUGGGCCUGUGGGCUCCUGGCCCCCUGAGGCUGUCCCUAGCAUUCAGAGCCCCCCUGGUGCUGAGGUCUGAACACAGCUUCUGUGUUAGCUCUGCUCUUAACAGACAGGCACUCCUCUCCAACCCCGUGUCCGCUGCCUGGCCCCCCACCUGCCCCAGCCCCAGAGGCGUGGCCUAGAGCCUGUCCAGCAUGCCUGUGGACUGACCUGCCAUGGCUAUCGCCUGUCUAUGAGGCCAUGAGGGACAGUGGAGGGUCAUAGCUACGUACUGAUCACAAUCGUGGACGUUAAAAUAGAAACUAUCUUCACACA